AAAGAAAGUAAACAUAUGAUCAUAAUGGAAAAGAUCAUAAAAAUUAUCUCGUAUACUCAUUUUACCAAAAAUAAAUAGAAAAUACCAUUCCUAUUUCAAAAAAUUAUUGAUCCUUGUUUUAAAAACAGCAGACUUUCUUAGCACAGUCAAGAGAAUUAAUUGAAGCUAACAAAUAGAGCUUUUGAGUUUGAGUAUAAAACACUAAUAGACUCUUUUUUUGUUUCACAGAAACUUAUGCACAAAGUUAAAGCCAGUAACUCAUCCAGAGAAAAGAAAGUGCUCUUCAGUUUCCAAUUCUAUUGUUGCUGGAAAACAUCCAAAAGUGAUUCAGUUUGAUAAUUGUGCAAAGACAGAAAACAGAAUUCUCAAGCAUGUAAAAUCUUUAAAACAACAACAUUUUGGAGAAAGCAUCAGGUUAAACUCUGAUGAUACACUCUGGUUGCCAGUUGUAAGUAAUGGAAAUCCAUUGGCCAGAAGAACACCUAAAUACAUCAAUGAAAAUGUAAUGAAGCCAGACAAGUGCUUUAGAGCAAAACAGUUAUCCAAAUCAGAUGUGUUUAAAAGCCAUACAAGUAUUCCAAUAAUAGAAAUAAGUUCUGAUGAUUGUGAGUCUCCAGAUAAACUAAACAAGUGUAAGAAUGGCUCUUUUAAAGUUCAGUCAGAAACAUGUGCUGGUGAAUCCUCUUUUAACUUUGUUUGUUCUUCAAAGUCAAGAUAUCAAACCCAAAAGGUUAUUUGCCAUUCCCGUCAAAAAAAUAAUUGUGUCUCAAAAAGUACCCCAAAAAAACUUACCUCAAAUGAGCUUGUGAGUUUUAAUGAAUCAGGUGCAAAAUUAAACGAGAAACAAGGGCAAGAAUAUUUGCAAUUGAAUUGCAGCAAAAUGAUGAGAUAUGAAAGUAUACUUAGAAAACAACAAACCAAAGAAUAUCAAUAUAUAUGCACUCCUAAUGAUUUUGGUGUGAACAGUUUACCAUCAAAUCAUGAAUUUAAUAAUUUUUUUAACAAUUUAGAAAAGAGGUUUUGUAGUAUCACCAAGACAGUUGGUUCAAAAAAAAAAUGUGGUAGCUUAGAUGAGUGUUCAUCCAAAAGAUAUGCUACAACCCCACUAUCUCUCACUUUUAACGGCGAGAGUGAUAGCUCAAGGGAAACUUUGUCACAGAUAACUGAAACUUCUAAAAAAAUGGCAGAUGAUUUGCUUGUCUACGAGUUUCAUAAUGAUCAUAAAACUGUCAGUGAUGCAUGUUCUGGUGAUACAAUAAGCAGCUUCAUAAAACUGCUAAAAAAUAAUAAAUCUAAUUCUGGAGAAAGUAUUUGUGAUGGUGAUUCAUCAAGAGUUAUCAGUGGUAAUAAAGAUUGUGUGAAAGAUAAAAAAGCUGCAAGUGAUGGUUCUUUAGAUAUGAGUAGGUGUGCACUGGUCUGUGCUUCAGUAGAUAAACCACAGGGCUUAACUACUUCAGAAUUUGUAGAGAAUCAAAAGUUAGAGGAGCCACUCACUUGUGUGCAUACUUCAAUCAACGAGUUGGUCAUCCAUACAAACACUGGAAUGUGUAAACAGUCUGUGGGAUCUCUUAAAAAUAAACCAGGGUUUUCUCGAAUGAAAAGUAUUAUAAAGGAAUUGGACUUCAAGUUAAUAAACAAGAAAAAGCUCAUUGAAAAAGUAGAUAUGCAAAAUAAGGUAGAUGUUACACCAAAUACAAAAGGACUUGUAGAAACUAAAUCAUCACUCAAAAAAAUUCCAUUGCAGGUGUUUUGGAUUUCCCAAAGUACUGCCCAAGAACAUGAGUCUUUACCAGUGCCUCAAAUUAGCAGACCCAUAGACAUGCCAGUAAUAUUUUCUGAUGUCAGUCCAUCAACAUGGAAUACACAAAGAGAAAAGAAAUGUUUAUUUGAAAAAAAACAUAUCAGUGUAAUUGAGGCCUGCUUAGAAGAAGGACCAGAAUAUCUUCAUGUUGCUCUUCAAAGUAUUCGUGACUUCACUACAACAACCCGAAAACCUCCUCCAGCACUUACAGAGAGACUGUUACAUAAGCUAAUGAAGGUACAAACCACAAGAGAUGCUGUUGAAAUUUAUAUCACUCUCCUUCAUAUACACAGGUAUCACAACAUCAUUAAAGAGAUCUCAUGGUGGACAUACAUAGAAUUAGCCUUAGGUGAGCUGAAAAAGACAUUUUACAAAAUUGAGUCAACAUCCUCGUAUAUAGCAUUUUAUGCCUGUUCCCUGCUUCUGAAAUUUGUAGUACAUGUUCUACAUUCUGAGGUUAUUGGACAUCACUUAGUGCAUAAUGUAUUCACAUUCAGUCAGUACACUGUAUAUAAAUUAUUGUCACCAGAUGUUCCUACAAGUCAAGUUAAGACUGUAGUUUCAUGGUUAGAGAAGGCCAUUGCUUGGGAAAAGAUCCUCAUAUCAUGUAGAACAUGCAAGUUAAAUGUAAAAGCUAUGGAUAUCCCAUCAGAUAGAGCUUUGUUCCUGUUACAAAAGUUACUUGCUUUGGCUGUACUUGUUAGCAAGGUCCCAUCUAUAGCAGUACAGUCGUUAGCUUGUCCAUUGCAGCUUUUAUUUCAGAGACUGGAAACAUGGUCUGACAAGUGGCUAUUUAUGUGUUCUAUCCAGUCUGACUUUCUCAGGUUGAGUUUAUCAGAGAUGAUUUUGAAGAAGCACUUCAAACCUCUGUCAGAUAUUAGUCCUUUAGCUAACAUAUAUCAGCACCUGCCCUUGUCCUGCUCCAAGAUUCUUCAUUACUACUUCUAUUUCACCCCAAACAACUAUGAGGAGAAUCCCCAGACACCUUCAAGCUCCUCUCCAUUUGUGGAGUUGGUAUGGUUAUUGACUUGGCUGCUGAAAUCCUACAUUGACACUGUUGCAGGCCAGCAAAAGCUGCCAUUUCAUCGAAAAGUACAUGUGAGGGAAAUAGGGACCCUGAGUGACAAAGAUAAAAAGUGCUUGCAGUGUAUUGAUGAUUGUGUUGAUAAACUUGAGCUUAGAAUAUAUAAUAUGAUUUCUUCUCCUGACAUUGAAGAUGCACUGUUGAACUUACGCCUGUGUGGGAUGAAUAUAUGAACUUGCAUGUGAUAGUAGAGAGUUCAUGCUUGUAUAUAGUAUUAGCCUGUUGUUGAUUCCAUGAAGAGUAUUUUUUCAUAGCUUCACACAUAUUUUCAGGAGAAAAUAUAUGCUUCAAAUAUUACAGGGAUUCAUCAAUCAAACCACAACAGUUUUUUGUUCCCAUAUUCCAUUAAUGAUGAUGUCAGUGUUUUUGAAGUAUGAAGUAUCAUUAUAUACCAGAAUUUUUUAAAAAGACAAGGUAUAGUAAGAUGAAAAUUUAAAUUUCUUAGACUUGUGUGUGUAAAUAGAAUUAGUUAAGCACAUGUUCUAAUCAACAAAAGAGACAGUCAUGUAAAAAAAAAAAAAAAUAUUCAUUUUAGGGUAAAAUAAUUUUAUUUUUCCAGUUUGUUUGGUAUUAUUCUGCAGGGAGCAAAAAAGUAUAAUAAUCUUUGUAUGUAUUUAAGGUAUGUUGUCCAUCAGUUCUACAUCAUGUAUGCCAUCCAGAACAAAACUAACUUAAUAA